CUGAGAUCUGGGAACUGCGUGAUUCGUAAUUCGAGGGUAAUUUAGUCAUUCGGAACACAAUUGGGUUGUAUUGGGGAGGGCUUCCCACUCGCAGGCGCCAAAGAGCAGAAAGAAAACGGCACGUGAUGAAACCCGCGUUUAAGCGGUCCAAUUCCCAAACGGUCAUAUUUUCCCUUCUUUAAAUUUCAAAACCCCCAUCCCACUCUCUCACUGGAUCUCUGGAUCGCUCUCACUCUCGCUCAAACGGUCGUGUUGCAUUGUUGCGUUCUCUCUGUGUGCGUCCGAAUUUGAAGCCCAAUUCAAAUUUGUUGCUCGCUCUCUCUCUCUGUCGCUUGAUCUCUCUCUGUCUGUUGAAAUUGGAAGCUCGAUUCAAAUUUGGGGACGAAUCCAUCCUUUUCUCUGAGAAGAAAGUCGACGACUUGUUCCCAGUUGCAGGGUUUUGGUUUUCGCAGAAAGCACACCGCUUUCGUCUGUUUGUGUUGUGUUUCGUGAAGAAAUUGGAGAUGGGGGGUCAAGAUUUGAGGCCCACUGUCUCUUCUCUCAAGCGUCCUCGUUUCCCUGAUGCCGAUUCCGAUUCCGAUGCUGCCGUUACGGUUUUGGGUGAUACGGUCAAGAGGCAGAGGACUCAUGAUUCGGAUGAUGGUCUUUUGGCAGUGGAGGACUCGAUUAGGGAGCUUGAUGAUCUACUUCAUCACGAGGGGUCCUCAAGCAGCACCACCGAAGCAUAUGAUUGCUGGGAGGAUGAUCUGUUAGGAUCCUUAAUUGACGAGUUUGAGGUUCUGCCUGAUUCUGCUGUUGCGGCCUCUGCUGCAGACGAGGCUGCUGUUGUGCCUCGGCUAACUACUCAUCUCCGUCAUCAUGAUCACGAGAUUGAGGAGGGGCCAAGAACCACGGAUGAAAGAGAGUUGGAUGAUGAGGAGGACUUGAUCACUGAAUUCUUUAAUCAUAUUGGAGGAGAAGAUGAUGAAGACCCAAAUCAAGAUCAUGUACAUCAAGCUACUGAACCUGAUCACACUACUCUGCUCAUCAUCAUCAUCCCGUUCCCUCCUUCUCAAAUCAUUAUUUUGCCAGUUGUGGUUGGAAACAUUCGAAGGCCACGGGCCUCGGUUCUCCAUUUUCUCUUGAUUUGCUUGCUCUCCAUCAUCAUCAUCUAGAAGCGUCAGCUCUUGUUUUUAUACUACUAGUAGAGUUCAAGAAUUUAGAUGAGCACGGUAACCUUUCAGCUUUUUCUUUCCGACUUCCGGUUUAAUCAUAGUUAGUUUAUUAGUUUUCAGUCUUUUUAUUUACACGGAAGAUGUGACAUAGAACCAAGCGCAAUGACGUUCUAGGAUUCACAUAGCCGACCCCACUUAGUGGGAAAAGACUUUGUUGUUGUUGUUAUUGUUGUGGAUAGAAUAGUUUUCAGUCUGUUAUUUCGUCUAGCUGGUGGUCUUACUCUGUGCUUUUGUCAAUCUUGAGGAAAUCUGUAGACAAUAUACAUAUGAAUGUACAUGAAGUUCCCAAUACUUCUGACUGCA